UCUUAUAGAUUCCCCGCAAUUUUUUUUCUCUAUGUUAUUUUAUUUUCAAAUUCACUUUGUACUCUGAGACGAUAUGAGAUCUGGGGCUGCUUUAUGAUCUGUUUCAAUUCUGAAAAUUUGUUUUGCAGAGCUUUAGAUCUGAUUGUUUCUUAGUUGGUUUGAUGUAAUUUUUGACGCGUUUGAUAUGUGGAAUGUGAUAGCUGAAUCAUUGGUUUGCCUUGUUUGUGUAUACCGCUCUUGAUCAUCAAGAUCACUUGUGUAAAUUGUUACAUUAACUUAGUUUAGGGAUUAGCCAUAUAUAUCUGAGCCAGUGUUUAUUUGUAGAAUCAGAUUUGGUGGAUCAUUCACAAUGGCGUGUAUAGUAGAGGAGACAGAACGUGCAGAUCAAUCAAAUGAGACACAAAUUGCACUUAUAAGCGGAGUUCCUGAUGAUAUCUCAGAAUCUUGCUUAGCUAGAGUUCCUAGAGAAUAUCACAUGGCAAUGAAAUGUGUUUCAAGGAGAUGGAGAGAUUUUGUGUGCAGUGAUGAGUUUUGCGAUUAUCGGAUAAAGUUUAACUUGGCUGAAUCUUGGAUUUACGCCUUGUGCCGUGACUUAUCUGGCGGUGUCUUCUUACACAUGCUGAAUCCUUUCUCUUCCAGAAGAAGAUCAUGGAAAAGAAUCCAUGAAUAUCAGUAUAUACCAAAGAGAGAAGGCAUGGGUUUUGCAGCAUUGGGUAAGAGACUGUUUAUGUUGGGUGGAUGUGGUUGGUUAGAAGAUGCUACUGAUGAGGUUUAUUGCUUUGAUGUUGCUAUGAACACUUGCUGCGACGUGGUACCUCCUCUUUCAACUAAAAGAUGCUACUUUGCUUGUGAAACGGUGGAUGGAAAGAUUAUGGCAAUUGGUGGGCUAGGGUUGAAUCCAAACGCUAAACGAACUUGGGACGUCUAUGAUCCUUUGACCAGAACCUGCAAAUCUUGUUAUGAUGCAAAUAUAGUCCCUGAAAUAGAAGAUUCAUUUGUAAUGGACGGAAAGAUAUAUGUUCGGGGUGGUGGAUCUUCCACUGUAGUCUAUAAUGCAUCUAGCGGGGUUUGGGAAACUAUGGAAGAUGUUAUGGCAUCAGGAUGGAAAGGUCCAGCAGUUGUUGUAGCAGAUGAGCUCUAUGUUUUGGAUCAAACUUUUGGAACUAAGCUAACAAUGUGGUGCAAGCAUAAGAGAAUGUGGAUUAGUAUCGGGAAGCUAUCUCAAUUGGUGAUGAAACAGCCUUGUCGGCUUGUUUCUAUUGGGAAUAGUAUCUUUGUGAUUGGUAAGGAUUGCUCUACUGUGGUAAUAGAUGUUGAGAAUGUGAGGAAGACGUCAAUGAAUGGAGUGAUGGUAUGUUCUUCUAUACCAAAGACUUGGGAUGAUGAUAUAGAUGUUAUUAGCUGUAAAUCUGUAGCCAUAUAAUAUGUUUAACUAUCUACUACUUUGCUCUUGUCUCAAAAAGCUUGGACCUUGCACAAACAACAUAUGCUGUUGCUGUUU